GCUCUCCACAUGAAAGUCACAUAAUACAAGUGAAAUAUAAGGUAGAUGAGCAAUAACACAAAUCUAAAUAGGCAUUAAAAUCCCAAAUCUAAGGCAUUUUAAAGCAGCAGGUGAAGGGAGCAAAUAAAAAUAUAACAAGAACACAAUAUAAUGCAGAGAGAAUAUAUGCUACAAUACUAACAUGCUAAUGUUUAACAGGUAUAUAAUGUGUACCAUAUUUGCAUGUUAGAAUGUUAACAUUUUAUUUUUAUUUAUUUAACAUUUAUUUUUCCAAGAUGUCCCACUGAGAUCAAGAUCUCUUUUUCAAGGGAGACCUGGUCAACAUUGCAGCCAUACUAACUUACAACAUAGUAAAAUUCAACACAUGCAACACAAAUUUACAAAAAUUCCAUUCAUAAGAUAAAAACAAUGGACUCUCAAUAGAAACAGCUGCAUAUCUCCUUCCCAACUAGAUUAGCAAUAUACACAUUGAAAAAAGCUGAUCAUCUAUGCAUAUCCUCAGGUACUUGUAGGAGGACACUCUUUAAAUAGAUUUUGAGAGAAUGUUAAAGUUAUCAACCAACUGUGGAUGUGCUUUUGAGAGGAACUUGAUCUUUGAUUUUGGGCAUUUAAAACCUAUUUUAAACUUAGCAGAGUCAUUUAUAAAGACUCAAAUGCCAUCUGAAGCUCUUGGAUCACCCAUGCUCCAGAGGAAGAAUGUCUAUAAAUAAUAGUGUCAUCAGCAUAAAGGUAUCUUUUUGCUUGAAUAUCCUUACCUAAGUAAUUUAUAAAAAUAGAUAACAAAAUUGAAAGGUCAUUGAUCAUUUUAAAAAGCACAGCAUAGGCUGAUCAGUUUGUAGGUAUUUGAUCAUAAACCAAAAUAUCAGACACAUUUAAAUGUUUACAUGGUGGUGGCACUAGAUGAUAAGUCAUAAUUUGUCUGAGACCCAUAAACAUUUAUUAGAAAAUAAAUUUUAAAACAUGGCUAUCAUUCAGCGGUUGUCACAAAAUGCCAACCUCAUGGUGCUGCUACAGGAAACAUCGGGGGCUCAUCAGAUUAACCGAGGUUCAUCUUCUGGGAGCCAUGAACAUCUCUACCGAAUUUCCAGUAGCUCUUAAGAUAUUUCAGUCUGGGCUAAAAGUUUGACAGGCUGACGUUGCUAUCGUUAGAGCCAUGCCACUAGCGUAGCCUUUCUUAUCUGAUACUAAAAAAUAGAAGGCUUUUUCAAGACAUUUCUCAUGGAAAUAAACAUUCAGUAACAACAGAAAACAUUAUUACCUAGACUUAGUUGUCUAGUAUUUUUGAUGAAAGCCUGUGAGUCAGUUUGGGAGCGAAAGCUGGUUCCAAACUUGAAUUUUGUUUGAUAGGUGACACGUUUGUUUCCAUUUGGGUUAUGCGUUGUUCCUUAAACCUUACAACUAGAAAACAAACUGAAGUCGUGCAGGCAGUGUAGACACAAGUUCUUAAAUAGUAUAUUGGCAAAAUUUGAUGUCUGCCUACCAUUUGGCUCCUCACCGCUGUUCCAGGAGGCCUAUAGAAAACAUGGAGCAUCAUGCUAAGUGUUCUUGGUCUGGGCCACACUCAAGGCCCUCUGUGACGGCACUUCUAUAGAGAUGAAGAGAGUUCUACUGUUUUUGGCAUGUCUUCCUCAUUCCAGUAAUUCCUCAAUGCCUAUGGGCAUUGGCACAGAAAGAGGGGUGGGGGAGAGAAGGCUCAGGCUUAGACUCCACUUCACAGGGUCAGCCACUGCCCCAGGUGCACAUGGGGAAACACUUAGCAGCCCUCUCAUUGUUCCUUAUCUCCCUCUAUCUCUUUCUCAGAAUUUUUCACUUUUUCUCUUUUAUUCCUUUCUGCAUGAACCCUCCCCACCCAGGACUGUUGUUCUCAUUCCUGGGAUAACAUGGAUAUAACUGUGUGUAUUUGUAUGAGAGUGAGUGUUAAGAUCAUUAGCUGCACUGUGGUUUGCACUCACUGUGUCCUCAUUGCCUUCUAAAAAGUACUGUUUCUCUUUGAUGCCGGUGAUUCUGAGCGCUUGUACCGGUGAAUUACAUUUCCCCCUGAACUCCAAAACCAGACCUGGUACGCUCAUUACACAUCAGUUGUUUUUGGCAGCUGCUGUGACAUUACUUUAUCUGCUCAAGAAAAGAGAAAGUUAUUCUACCCCAGCUGUAAAUUACAACAAUGGGACUUUGAGACCAUUUUUGAGGCAAAGACGCCUGUUUUUCUGUUGCAUUCCGGUUCACAUAAAUCUCUGUCAAUUACAACCCCCAUCAGUGUUUUUCAUGUAGCUUAAAAUUAGACUGGAAAUCAAUCUUCCAACUGAAGACUGAAUAUGCACCAUCUAUCAGCCGACAUCUUUGUGCCCCUCACGGAUAAUAUAGACCAACAUGAAAUUUGCUUUCCUGCACCGAAGGAAAGAACAGAGAGCUGACACAGAGAGAUUUAACUCUUCAGGUAGGGAACAAAGUUUAACUGUUGUAUCAAAUUCUUGUAGAACAGAACAAGUUGGUGUUUGGACACUGUGCCCUUAGGCGAGAGAGUAUGUGACUCAGGUGUGUCGAGCUGUGAUGAGAGCCUGCCCUGCUAAUCCUGUCCUGAUGAGAAGAUGACCCAUGUCAGGUCCAGUCACAGCUCAGCAGUUGGUGCUCUUGGGGACAGCAUGUUGGACUGCCUACAGCCAAGGCAGGGCUUGAUCCAGACUGGGACCACUGCCACAUCACACUCUUAUUGGCCUAUACCCUCAUGUAACAAGGGUGCAGCCUGCCUGCCACAGGGGAACUGUCCAAAAUGUCACCCAGAUGGACUUGUUUCAAGCUUGAAAUUUAGAUGAACAGUGGAGAGAGUUAGAGAGGCUGCCAUCAUCUUAAAAACCAAGUUACCUGUCAAUAGCUGUCACAGAGGGACCACAUUACUUUUAUUUUUAUUCCAGAUUAUUGCUACAGAAGGUGAAAGCAUUUCUACAAGAUGUCAUCUCACUGUAUGUCCUGCUUUUAUUCACUAUAGUCUUCUAGCUGUUUCCUCCGCUCUCUGCUUCCCACCCCACCCUCUUUUUUCUGCAUAUGGGAUUCACAUUUGGCUUGGACGAUCAUCUUCUUUAUGUGAUAUUAUGAUCCAUUAUCUGAAGCCAUUUACUCCUUGUCAACACCUCUCGUGUGGACAUACGCUCAGUAAGCCAAGGAGAGGCGGUCAGACUCCUUCCAGGAGCCUGUUGGUGCUGUCUAAGUUUUCACCCUCUCCCGCUGCUGGCUGUAAAUCGACUCUGUCGAAAGUGUGUGUAUGCAUGUGUGAGGGAACAGAAGGUGAGAAAUUUGGGGAUCAUCCAAGGUCUUUCAGGUUAACAGAUAUGUGACUGUGGCUGCAGGUGCAGCAUAUCCCAGAAUCACAGUCCCAACUGUACAUACAACACCGAGGUUCCCAUCAGGGGAACGUCACUAAGACUGUGGUGGAUCCAGACAGCAGGGAAUGGAGCAACCCAACAAAGCAGCCCUCCUACUACUUUCCUCCCUACAGGUAGCUGACCUUGAACCUCUACUGUACUAGCAGGAAGACGUCAGAGACAAAGACAGCCCCCUUGGUGAGACCCUGAAAUACAGCUCGGGUGGGAGACGGAAAGAAGUGUGUGAGGAGAAACAGAAGGAAACACAGGGAUAACGCUGAUAUUGUGACAUCUCGGACAUCCAGUGAGGAUCACGAGCAUCACGGUAGCCUGAUCAUGAAACCUUCAAUCGCUGUGGGCUCCUCCUCUGGCCUGCUGCUGGUCCUGAUGUGCUUCCCUCUGCUGGGCUUGGUCCAGUCAACCAACAGCAACAUAGCGAGUGAUAAUGGACACCCACACCUGGGAGAGUCUGACCCACAGCGCUGCAUGAGGCACCACUUUGUGGAGACCAUCACACACCCGAUUUAUAAGUGCAACUCCAAGAUGGUGUUGCUGGCGCGCUGCGAGGGCCACUGCAGCCACACGACCCGCUCUGACCCCCUCAUCUCCUUCAGCUCUGUGCUCAAACAGCCCUUCAAAAGCACCUGCUCGUGCUGCCGACCGCACACCUCCAAGCUGAAGGCGGUGAGGCUGCGCUGUGCUGGCGGGACUCGCAUCACAGCCACUUACAGAUACAUCCUAGCCUGCAACUGUGAGGAGUGCAGCUGAGCAGGGAGGAGCACCCUCCCAAACCUUCAGAACACUCAAGAACCGGCAUUUUUCUUGGCCUCAGGCCCUAAUUUAAAGCUGUCCAAAGCAUUUUGGUUGAUGAUUGGAUCCGAAAAUUGGCCCAAAGGACACUCGAGAUGCUUCUUGUUAUCUUUGGAGUGCUAGUUUGGAGCAAUCAUACCACCUUCACAUAGGCCUUAAAACUGACCUGUGGCCCUUGGGACUGGACUGAAUAUACUAUACCCUCUCUAUUAUGUGCAUUCAUCCAGUACAAAUCAUACCAAGUAUAUUAUUCCAGCACACAAGACCAAACAGCUGCUCCCAUGGGACAGUUGGAGACCCUCCUGAGUGUGAAAACACACUGCACUCAUUACAGGCCUCCUAAUUCAUAACACACACGCUCACAAACCACAGAAUGAGAGCUCAUUACAAAUAUUUGUAACAGGCCAGCUCUAUAAAAACUGCAUCUGAACAAAACAACACGCCUCGUUAAAAAGCAGCUUGGGAAAGGACGAGGCUUGAUGAGUGGACCCAUAUGUGUGCAGACAUGGUGGAUUUAUAGAGGAGCGCCCGUGCUGUGCUUGUUUGCUCAACAUUUUACACACUCCCUGCAGACUGGCCAAUGACAACAGCUCCUUGGAUGAAUAAUAAAACGGUAAAGGCAGACAGCGUAAAAGAAGCUCUGAGGAUGAAUGAAGAGCGAGUAGAGAGGGCCGUCCAGCCUCUGGGUGAUGGUGUGUCGGUGGCCUGUCAAGACCGUCAGUGUUCAUUUUAAAUGUAAUCUCUUCUGUUUGAAUCUCUGUGAUGUUCCUGUCAUCAUUAUUGAAACUGUAGCUACUAUCACGCCACAUUUACUGUAUGAAACAGCUGCUUCCGCAUGUCAUGACAUGUCCAAAGUUUUGACUCAGAGGAAACACUCUUAUCAAAACAUUGGUUGCUCUGCAUAUGUCCGUAAAGCCUGCAUACAUAUCCUCAUCGUCCAUUAUGAUGAGAGCGUCGCUGUCAUGUAAUUCAUCCUCUGUGGCCCGGGGUCAAACGUCGCUGCCCUUCACUGCUGGUGGUCAGUUUAUCUGGGUUUCCAAGUGGGAUUUCUUCUGUCAAAGUACUCCACUUUUCUCACACCACUAACAUUUCAGCACAUACGAACUCAAACAAGCUAUGGGGGUUUUAUGGACGUCAAGAAUGCCCAUAAUAACUUCAACUGUAUAAGCAACUGAAUACCUUAUCUUUUUCUUUAACAGGUACUAAAUGUGUCAUCUUGAACCCAUUGAAUUUAUAACAUUGACGUACGGUAUUUCACUUCCAUCUGAAAUCCAUCUGUUUCACUUGAUGUGGUUUGAAUUUGAAAUUUCAAGUUGUGUAUAAACUGUAUAAACCUUUUCAGAGUAAAAUAUUUCAGUGCAAUCAGUAAUAUCAGCAGCAACGGUAUGAAAUGAUCAGUAAUUGGAUACUAUAUAUAGACAAAGGCACAGAAGGUGAAUACAGUGACCAGCCAUAAAAGUAUCAGAAAUGUGGAUUGAUUUCAUGAAUUCGUGUUUAGAAUUUCAGUAGAGGUUAAAAGUCACAGUGUUAGUUUCACUGCCUCCAGAGAUAGAUUUAAGAUAAAAUAAUAAUAUAAUGCCAUCAGAAAAUGGAGAUAUGAACCCAUCAAGUCUCUCUGAGGGCAAAAACUAGAUCAGCAGCUCAUCUUGUAACAUUUACUGAAAUCCAGCCUCUGGUACAAUGAAGGUGAACAUAAUUUAAAAAUAAUAAAAACUGAGAAACAGACAAUAAAACUGGAGCUUUGCAGGGUGGCUGAGUGUUUUGUUAGCAGCCAUGCCAGUGAUGGAGGAGGCAUUCAAGGGCAAGACUCACAUCAGCUCUGGGCAUAGGCGGGCUGUGAGAUAACUGACCUGUGGGCAGAGGCAUGUAAGGGGCCCCCACUCCUCCUACAAAGGAGCAAAAUGUGCACACUGAAAAAGACACAAAACGCCUGCAAGCAGUGCAGCAGCAGCUGAAUUUUCUCUCUCUCUCUGUAGUUGUUUCGAGUCCAUUCGUAGCUGUUUUGUGUCGGUCUGUAGUCCUUUUGUGUUUCUUUGUUGAGAUUUUAUUUUGUUUGGUAUCUCUGUAGUCAUUUUGCACCUUUUUUAGUUCUUUUGUGUAUCUUUGAAGUCAUCCUGUAUCUCUUUGUAGCAGUUUUGUGUCUCGUUAUCAUUUUGCUUCCCUUUGUAGCUGUUUUGAAUCUUUGUGGCCAUUUUGCAUCCCUCUGUAGUAGUUUUGUGUCUCUUUCUGGUUAAUAUAAGUCAAUUUGUGGUUGAUUGGUGUCUCUCUGAAGAAUUGCUGACAGGGCCUUCAAACUGACUCUAGGCCAGGGCCCCCUAAACCCUUGGGCCCCUAGGCCUGUGCCCAGUUGGCCUGUUUAGUUUUAUCCACCCAUGGCUCCAGGAACGUUGCAGACCCUGUGCUUUGACUCUGAGAGAAAAAAAACGGAAUCUUCCUAUGUGGGUCAUUAAAAAUCAUUUCCAGAGCUUUGAUGAAAGUGUGACAGUGUUCAGCAAAGAGCUCAGUGCCUCUGUGUGGUUGUCAUACAUACAGUACUCUGUGUACACCCUGUACAGAUGUCGUUGCUGUGAAACAGCAUAGUCUGCUGUUCAGUCCCGACUACAGCUGACAAUGCAGCCCAAUAAAACUGUUUUCCAUUCAACUCUGGAGAUUAA